AUGGCUGAGAUCCGUCGCAAGCUUGUCAUCGUCGGUGAUGGUGCCUGCGGUAAGACGUGUUUGUUGAUUGUCUUCUCCAAGGGCACAUUCCCUGAGGUCUAUGUGCCAACCGUCUUCGAGAACUACGUUGCCGAUGUCGAGGUUGAUGGAAAACACGUCGAAUUGGCCUUAUGGGAUACGGCAGGCCAGGAAGAUUACGAUCGUCUCCGUCCUCUCUCAUACCCCGACUCGCACGUCAUCCUGAUCUGUUUCGCUGUCGAUUCCCCCGAUUCGCUCGACAACGUUCAAGAGAAGUGGAUUUCCGAAGUCCUCCAUUUCUGCCAGGGUCUGCCCAUCAUCUUGGUUGGAUGCAAAUCCGAUCUGCGACAUGACCAGAAGACCAUUGAGGAGCUGGCCAAAACAUCUCAAAAACCCGUUACACCCGAACAGGGUGAAGAGGUCCGCAAGAAGAUUGGUGCCUACAAAUAUCUCGAAUGCUCGGCCAAGACCAACCACGGUGUUCGCGAAGUCUUCGAGUCUGCUACCCGUGCUGCCCUGUUGACCCGAAAGAGUGGAAAGAGCAAGAAGUGCCUGAUCUUGUAA